UAUUCACUCGUGGAAAUUCGAUUAGAAAAUGUCUGGAAAAAAAGGCAAAGAUGUGCCAAAUAACUAUCAGAUGUUGAAAACAAGCUGGAGCGUGCAAGGGAAAUUGUUUUUCGAGCACUCUACUUUGCAUGGAGUCCGAUAUAUUGCUGAAAAUGGAAGACCUUUCAUUGAGAGGUUCAUGUGGUUUGCUUGUGUCGCCGUUGGAACAAUAGCCACUACCGUUAUUAUUUUCAAUCUCUGGGAGAAAUUUCAAACGAACCCUACUAUCACUGGUCUCGAUACAGAUUUCCACAACUGGGAUGUUUCUUUUCCUGGAAUUACGGUGUGCCAGGUGAUACCAACGAGCAAUGAAAAAAUUGAGGAAUAUAUACAGGAACAUUAUCAAAGAAAUGGAAGCAGCGCAGAACUCGAUUUUUUUACGGACUUGAGCAGAUUGUCUCUGUAUAGUUUCCCUUAUUUCACGGAAAAGUACUUAUCGCAAACUUAUAUUGACUCGAAGACUAACCUGAAGGAACUAAUUUUCAAUGUGAGUUCUGAUUGA